AAACUAAAAAUAAUAAAUAAUUAAUAUUCUUUUAAUUUACUAUCAAAUAUAAAAAUAUCAAAAUACCAACAAAUAAAUAUUUAUUUAUUUAUUUCUACUAUAACAAGUCGAAUUAAAACAUAAAGUUAAAUGAGCAAUUAAGUUAAAGAAUAAGUUAAUCAGAAUGAACUUCAAUAAGAUAUUGUUGAAAACAUUGAAGACAUUAGCACCAAAUAAAAGUUUACAGUAUUUGUAGGAACAUACGAAGGAGCUAUUUUAGGUAUGGUUGGUGAUCUGAGCAAGUUAGAAUUGAAAUACGCAUUUAAGCCAUCAACAAACUCUUUGAAGUGUAUGGAUGUUUGUGGAAAGUAUUUAGUUGUAGGUGGUUUCGAUGAAUAUGUUAGAGUUUAUGAUCUUAAAAGAUAAAGAGAGUGUGGAACCUUAGAAGCCCAUCUUGGUACAAUUACAAGCAUAAAGAGUCAUUAAUCAAUUGCUUUCAGUUGUGCAGAAGAUGGUUUAAUCAUGGCAUGGAAAAUGAAAGAAUUUGGUUUACUUCAUAAGUUGAAAGAGCAUAAAUCUGCUGUUCAUGAUAUUGCCAUUCACACCUCUGGUAAGAUUAUGGCUUCUAUUGGCAAAGAUAAACGACUUAUAAUUUGGAAUCUCAUAAAUGCAAAGAAAGUAUUCUCAAUUAAUCUUAAAUACAACGCAUAUAAGAUAGAACUUACUCAAAAGAAUAUUGUCUUAAUGUCUGAUUUUAGUAUUCAUAUUAUUGAUUAAGAGUCUAAUCAAGAAAUAUGUGAAUUACAAUAGGAUAAGUAGGUUACUUUGAAUGAUUUCUGUGUGUAUAAUGAAGUUUUAGUAAUAACAGGAGAUAAUAAUGGAUACAUAUAUAUUUAUGACAUUGAAACUAAGUAAUCUAUCUCUUUUAAGGCUCAUGACUAAAGAGUUAAGAAGUUGUGUGUUUAAAGAAUAGACGAUAUUGAUAUCAUUAUUUCAAUUAGUACUAAUGGUGAAAUACAUAUGUUCGAUUGCUUGAUUAUUUUCAGUGAUGUUUUUGAAAUAUAAGAAAGUUAAGUACUCAAUGAUAUAAAACCUAUUUAUAAAGUUAACACUCUUAAUAGAUUAACAUCUUUGACAGUUUAUAUGGAUGCUGCCAAGGACAAACCUUAGAAGGAUUAAGGUGAUGAUGAAGAGAAAGAAAAACUUAAAAAAAUUGAAGAAGAAAAGCUUUUGAAAUAAAAAUAAUAAGAAAAGAAGAAGAAAAACUAAAAGAAGAUCAAAGUUACAAUUGAAAAGGAAGAUGAAGCCAAAACCUAUGUUAUUGAUUCUUCAAAGAUUGCAAAGAAAAUUGAGAAAAAGAAAAAGAAACAACUAAAAAAGCAAUAAAAGGCUGCUAUGGUAAAAGGUUAACAACAAUAAUAAUAACAAUAAAAAUUCUAAUAGCAAAAGUAAAAGCAAAACUAAGAAAAGCCUUAAUAAUAAAACUAACCAAACAAAUAAUAAAACAAAUAAAAAAAAUCUGUUAGAUUUUAGUGA